UCCCUUUCCCUUUCCCUUUCCUUUUAUGUGGAGGAGGAACCCAACCCGUCACUCUUCUCCUUUCCCUUAUAUUCCUUUCCUUUCUUUUCCCUUCUGUUUUCUCUCUCUCCAAGCAAACAAUUUUUAAAUUUCUCUCAAAUUCUCUCUUUUAAAUCUCUCCCUCUACGCUUUUUUUUUUUUCUCAAAUCAAUCACCAAUCUCCAUUCCAGGUUGUUCACGAGAAAAAGAAAAAGAAAAACCAUGGCGGAAGAACACAGAUGCCAAGCACCGCGUUUGUGCGUAAACAACUGCGGAUUUUUCGGGAGUCCGGCGACUCAAAAUCUCUGUUCUAAAUGUUACCGAGAUCUUGCGUUAAAAGAACAACAAUCUUCCUCGGCCAAACAAGCCCUUAACCAAACCCUGAUCUCCUCUUCGGCAUCGUCAUCGGUUCCAUCUCCGGCCGUUGAAGUCGUCGAGAAGAUGAUUACGGUUUCGGCUCCGGUCGUGAAAGAGGAGGAAAAGAAACAUGUCGAGGUGGCGACGGGGGUGAACAGGUGCUUGACGUGUAGGAGGCGCGUGGGAUUGACGGGGUUCAAGUGCAGGUGUGGGUCGUUGUUUUGUGGGACCCACAGGUACCCGGAACAGCACCAAUGCACGUUUGAUUUCAAGGAGAUGGGGAAGGAGCAGAUCGCCAAGGCUAAUCCUGUUAUUAAGGCUGAGAAGCUUCAAAAGAUUUGAGAUUUGAGAUAUUUGUUGUGUCUUUGCGGGGCGUGGUUUCAUGUGGUGAUGGGGGUCGGCGGCGUCGGACGUGAUAGUUGUUGCUGGUGGGGGUAGUAUUGUCAAUUUGUGUGGUCUAUGUAAAUUCAGUCAUAUUUUAAGCUUAAUUAAAAUAUAAUCUUAAUUUCUGUUUUCUUCUUUUUUUUUUUUU